GGUUGCAGGUUUUUCUCCUUCAUCACUUUAAAUAUUUCCUGCCAGUCCCUUCUGGCUUGCAGAGUUUCUGCUGAAAGAUCAGCUGUUAACCUUAUGGGGAUUCCCUUGUGUGUUAUUUGUUGUUUUACCCUUGCUGCUUUUUUUUUUUUUUUGUGGUACGCGGGCCUCUCACUGUUGUGGCCUCUCCUGUUGCGGAGCACAGGCUCUGGACGUGCAGGCUCAGCGGCCAUGGCUCACGGGCCCAGCCGCUCCAUGGCAUGCGGGAUCUUCCCGGACCAGGGCACGAACCCAUGUCCCCUGCAUCGGCAGGUGGACCCUCAACCACUGCGCCACCAGGGAAGCCCCCCUUGCUGCUUUUAAUAUGUUUUCUUUGUAUUUAAUUUUUGACAGUUUGAUUAAUAUGUGUCUUGGUGUGUUUCUCCUUGGAUUUAUCCUGUAUGGGACUCUGUGCUUCCUGGACUUAACUAUUUCCUUUUCCAUAUUAGGGAAGUUUUCAACUAUAAUCUCUUCAAAUAUUUUCUCAGUCCCUUUCUUUUUCUCUUCUUCUUCUGGAACUCCUAUAAUUCGAACGUUGGUGCAUUUAAUGAUUUAAUGUUGUCCCAGAGGUCUCUGAGACUGUCCUCAGUUCUUUUCAUUCUUUUUUCUUUAUUCUGCUGUGCAGUAGUUAUUUCCACUAUUUUGUCUUCCAGGUCACUUAUCCGUUCUUCUGCCUCAGUUAUUCUGCUAUUGAUCCCAUCUAGAGUAUUUUUCAUUUCAUUUAUUGUGUUGUUCAUCAUUGUUUGUUUCAUCUUUAGUUCUUCUAGGUCCUUGUUAAAUGUUUCUUGCAUUUUGUCCAUUCUAUUUCCACGAUUUUCGAUCAUCUUUACUAUCAUUAUUCUGAAUUCUUUUUCAGGUAGACUGCCAUUUCCUCUUCAUUUGUUAGGUCUGGUGGGUUUUUAUCUUGCUCCUUCAUCUGCUGUGUGUUUUUCUGUCUUCUCAUUUUGCUUAUCUUACUGUGUUUGGAGUCUCCUUUUUGCAGGCUGCAGGUUCGUAGUUCCCGUUGUUUUUGGUGUCUGUCCCCAGUGGCUGAGGUUGGUUCAGUGGGUUGUGUAGGCUUCCUGUUGGAAGGGGACUAGUGCCUGCCUCUCCUGUUGGAGGGGACUAGUGCCUGUGUUCUGGUGGGCGAGGCUGGAUCUUGUCUUUCUGGUGGGCAGGUCCACGUCUGGUGGUGUGUUUUUGGGUGUCUGUGGACUUAUUAUGAUUUUAGGCAGCCUCUCAGCUAAUGGGUGGGGUUGUGUUCCUGUCUUGCUAGUUGUUUGGCAUAGAGUGUCCAGCACUGUAGCUUGCUGGUCGUUGAGUGAAGCUGGGUGCUGGUGUUGAGACGGAGAUCUCUGGGAGAUUUUCGCCAUUUGAUAUUAUGUGGAGCUGGGAGGUCUCUUGUGGACCAGUGUCCUGAAGUUGGCUUUCCAACCUCAGAGGCACAGCACUGACCCCUGGCUGCAGCACCAAGAGCCUUUCAUCCACACGGCUGAGAAUAAAAGGGAGAAAAAAAAAUUGAAAGAAAGAAAGAAGGAAAAGGAAGGAAGGAAGAUGGAAAGAAGGAACGAAAGGAGGGAGGGAGGAAGGAGGGAAGGAAGGAAAAAAAGAAAGAUUAAAGUGAAAUAAAAUAAGAAAAUAUAAUAAAGUUAUUAAAAUAAAAAAUAAUUAUUAAGAAAAAAAUUUUUUAAAACGGACGGAUAGAACCCUAGGACAAAUGGUGGAAGCAAAGCUAUACAGACAAAAUCUCAGACAGAAGCAUACACAUACACACAAAAAGAGGAAAAGGGGAAAAAAAUCAUAAAUCUUGCUCUCAAAGUCCACCUCCUCAAUUUGGGAUGAUUCGUGUCUAUUCAUGUAUUCCACAGAUGCAGGGUACAUCAAGUUGAUUGUGGAGCUUUAAUCUGCUGCUUCUGAGGCUGCUGGGAGAGAUUUCCCUUUCUUUUCUUUGUUCUCACAGCUCCCAGGGGCUCAGCUUUGGAUUUGGCCACGCCUCUGCGUGUAGGAGGGCGUCUGUUCUUCGCUCAGACAGGACCGGGUUAAAGGAGCAGCUGCUCUGGGGACUCUGGCUCACUCAGGCCGGGGGGAGGGAGGGGCACGGAGUGCUGGGCGAGCCUGCGGUGGCAGAGGCCGGCAUGACGUUGCACCAGCCUGAGGCGUGCCGUGCAUUCUCCCGGGGAAGUUGUCCCUGGAUCCCGGGACCCUGGCAGUGGUGGGCUGCACAGGCUCCCUGGAAGGGGGGUGUGGAUAGUGACCUGUGCUCGCACACACGCUUCCUGGUGGCGGCAGCAGCAGCCUUAGCGUCUCAUGCCCGUCUCUGGGGUCCGCGCUUUUAGCUGCGGCUCGCGCCCGUCUCGAGCUCCUUUAAGCAGCGCUCUUAAUCCCCUCUCCUCGCUCACCAGGAAACAAAGAGGGAAGAAAAAGUCUCUUGCCUCUUCGGCAGGUCCAGACUUUCCCCCGGACUCCUUCCCGGCUAGCCGCUAGCCGUGGUGCACUAACCCCCUGCAGGCUGUGUUCACGCCGCCAGCCCCAGUCCUCUCCCUGCGCUCCGACCAAAGCCCAAGCCUCAGCUCCCAGCCCUGCCCGCCCCGGCGGGUGAGCAGACAAGCCUCUCGGGCUGGUAAGUGCCGGUCGGCACCGAUCCUCUGUGCGGGAAUUUCUCCGCUUUGCCCUCUGCAUCCCUAAUGAUGUGCUCUCCUCCGCGGCUCCGAAGCUUUCCCCCUCUGCCACCCGCAGUCUCUGCCCACGAAGGGGCUUCCUAGUGUGUGGAAACCUUUCCUCCUUCACAGCUCCUUCCCACUGGUGCAGGUCCCGUCCCUAUUCUUUUGUCUGUUUUUUCUUUUGCCCUACGCAGGUACGUGGGGAGUUUAUUGCCUUUUGGGAGGUCUGAGGUCUUCUGUCAGCGUUCAGUAGGUGUUCUGUAGGAGUUGUUCCACGUGUAGAUGUAUUUCUGGUGAAUCUGUGGGGAGGAAGGUGAUCUCCAGUCUUACUCUUCCGCCAUCUUCCCCUCAUCCCUAAGUUGUUUUAAUACUUAAUAGACAGUUAAUAGAUAAUACUGUUUUUGUAUUCUCAUGUUUUUUUAUAGAUUGUUUUACUUUAGCUAUAGAAUUUUUUUUUUUUUAAGAUUAACAACCAGAAAACACACAGUAAGUUAUUAGAAGCAUCAUUCAUUAGAAGCAUCGUCCAUCAACCUGAAGAAAAAAGUCAUGUGAUUUUCAUUUCAGGAAGGUGCUGUGUAAUGUGUUGAAAGGAAAUUAUACGGAAUGAUUUUGUCAAAUUUUUAUGAGUUAUGGUGGCUGAAAGAUCAAUUCUUUCUUGUGGGAAAGGAAAUAAAUGGCAGCACAAAAGGAAAUCUAUAUUAAUAGACUAUUUUAUUAAACGGAAGUGGUUAUAUAAGAACUUUAAACGAACAGACUCAACAAACAAGGAAAGAAACGUGUUAACUGUAAGACAUGUUUCCAAUGAAUCAAAGUCCAAUAACUGUAGACUUCAGAAGAAAAAAGUUUUCAAAAACUUUGUCAAAACAGACAGGUCAGUGAUAAAUAACUCCUCCAGUAAUAGGGCUAGGCCUGAAAACUGAUAUUAAUUGAAUAAAAUUAACAAAGUAGAUCAAACUUGAAUUAAAAUUUUUUCAUAAAAAGUUCUGAAAAUAUCAGAUUAGAUUUAAAUUUUCCUCAAAUUUCUAUUGCCUCGUCCAAAGUAAAGCAAAUAUCUUUCAGCCUUUAUGCCAGCUUUUCUCAUGUCAUAAGGAUGACAGAAAUCUUAGCAAACUAGUAUUUUUGUUGAAAAUGUAUAUCAGUUUCAGUUGAUUUUUAAGACCUGCUGCUCAGUAAUAAUACUAGACAUUCAACAUUUACAACUACCAGGACACAAAAUCUCAAAAACUACUUAGAAAAGGAGGACCUUACUCAGGAAUGAUGUCCAUUCAGGAGAAAUCAAAAGAAAAUUCCUCCAGUGUUAUUAAAAAGAGUGAAGAUAAGAAUCUAGAAACACAAAUUCAAGGUUCUCAAAAGAAUCUAGUAAAAAAAUCAGGUCCAAAGGAAGCUAUAAAAUCACUGGUUAAAUCUUCCAAUGAAAGUAAAGUCAAUCAGCCUGAUGAAUUAGGAACAUGCAUGAGCACAAGGUCAGCAUCCAGUGAUAAAAAAGCUAGUAAACCUAUUAAUAAAAAUAUGGUGACUGUAAAGGGACAUUCACAACAAGAAUCUACAAAGCAGAAGAAAUUAUCUCAGAAAAAGUCAGUGCACAAAACCCCUAAAUCAAAUGAACAGCUUAAUCGAAGAUCACAAAGACUACAACAGUUAACAGAGGUUUCAACAAGGUCUCUGCGUAAUAGAGACAUUCAGGGUCAAGUUCAAGCAGUUAAACAGAGUUUGCCACCAACAAAAAAAGAGCACCGUAGCAAUACUAAGAGCAAAUCUAAUAAAGUUAAAACAAAUCAGAAACACGUGAAAAGAAAAGUGCUGGAAAUAAAGUCUGAUUCUAAAGAGGAUGAAAAUUCUGUAACUAAUGAAGUAAUAAAUUCCCCAAAAGGAAAAAAACGCAAAGUAGAGCAUCAGACAGCCUCUACUUGUAGUUCUCAGUGCAUAAAAGUAUCUGAAAAGUGUCUUCAGAAGAAUACUAGAAAAGAGGAAACAAAAUCUGUGCCUGUAACUUCUUCUGAGAUAAAAAGAUCAAAAAUGGCUGCUUCAGUGGUCUCUAAAAAGAAUGAGAUGAAGAAGUCAGUUCAUACACAAGUGAAUACUAGUGCAAAAUCCCAAAAAAGUCCACAGCCAUCAGUGCCUGAACAAAGUACAGAUAAUGAGCUGGAGCAAGCAGGAAAGAGCAAACGAGGGAGCAUUCUCCAGCUCUGUGAAGAAAUUGCUGGUGAAAUUGAGUCAGAUACUGUAGAGGUAAAAAAGGAAUCUUCACAAGUGGAAAAUGUAAAGGAGGAGAAGCCUACAGAAAUAAAAUUGGAAGAGACUGAUACUGAAACACAAAUACUUCAUCAGAAGGAAACAAGUCAGGAUGUUCAGUGUAAUCGUUUCUUCCCCAGUAGAAAAACAAAGCCUGUGAAAUGUAUUCUAAAUGGAAUAAACAACGCAACUAAAAAGAACUCCAACUGGACUAAAAUUAAGCUCUCAAAAUUUAACUCUGUGCAGCACAAUAAAUUAGACUCUCAAUUUUCCCCUAAAUUGUGCUUAUUACGACCCAGUUUUUCACUGCCUGCGUUAGAAAUGCAUCAUCCAGUGACUCAAAGUACAUUUUUAGGGUCAAAACCACAUGAUGAUAAAAAUAAAGCUUGCCAGCAGGAAGAAAUGAAAGAAAUUAAUUCUGAAGAAGUUAAACUUAAUGAUAUUACAGUUGACAUUAAUAAAACCCCCAAAAAGCCUCCUGAAAAUUGUUGUUUGGGUAAUCAGAUAAAACCACCUCCUGAUCAGCCAUUGGAUAACCAGAAGAAAGAUUCUUUUGAAUCAACGCCAGAUAAGAAUUGCAGCCUAUGUUUGGAAUCUAAGCUUGAAAACAAUCCAGUGGAAAAUACCACUACUACUGUUUCAACUCUGCUCAGUCAAGCAAAAAUUGGUACAGGGGAGAGUAAAUUUCCAGGUUCAGCUCCCAAACAGCACAAUAUACUCACUAACCAAACAUCUAAGACCAGUGAUAACAGGGAGAUACCACCAAAUCAUUCUUGGCCUAAGUGUAAUUCCCAUUUGGAGAUAACAAUUCCAAAAGAAUUGAAACUAAAAGAAGCAGAGAAAGCUGAUGAAAAACAGUUGAUCAUAGAUGCAGGACAAAAAAGAUUUGGAGCGGUUUCCUGUAAUGUUUGUGGCAUGCUUUACACAGCUUCAAAUCCAGAAGAUGAAACACAGCAUCUGCUCUUCCACAACCAGUUUAUAAGUGCUGUAAAAUAUGUGGGUUGGAAAAAAGAAAGAAUUCUAGCUGAAUAUCCUGAUGGCAGGAUAAUAAUGGUUCUUCCUGAAGACCCAAAGUAUGCCCUGAAAAAGGUUGACGAGAUUAGAGAGAUGGUUGAUAAUGACUUAGGUUUCCAGCAGGCUCCACUAAUGUGCUAUUCCAGAACAAAAACACUUCUCUUUAUUUCUAAUGACAAAAAAGUAGUUGGUUGCCUAAUUGCAGAACAUAUCCAAUGGGGCUACAGAGUUAUAGAAGAAAAACUUCCAGUUAUCAGGUCAGAAGAAGAAAAAGUCAGAUUUGAAAGGCAGAAAGCCUGGUGCUGCUCAACAUUGCCAGAGCCUGCAAUCUGUGGGAUCAGCCGCAUAUGGGUGUUCAGCAUGAUGCGUCGGAAGAAAAUCGCUUCUCGCAUGAUUGAAUGCCUAAGACUAUGAAGCCAUAAAGCCUGAAGAAACCCUGAGAGGCCAUCUGCUCCAGGUACAACUGUUUUAGGAUUAUUUCAAGUAUUUUAUUUGACCUAUAAAUAUUUUUGGAAUAUUGCACAAAUAGUUGGUUUCUUGAUAUCGUCUGCGUUAGGCCCUUUCAACAAAACAGGAACAACGGAAAUGCAUUGAUAUCUAAAUCAGCCUGCCUCAGAACGUACCUCUUUGCCAAAAAUUCUGCUGUACUAAAAUUGAGUAUUUUUAAAGCAUCUAUAAGGCAGGUCCUCUUUCAAGGUCAGUUAAAAAUGGAGUUUAAAGGAAUUGUUCAUUUCAAGAGACAUUUAAAGCAUCGUAAGUAGCUACAUUAAAACCAAGAGAUCUGAAACCAUUUUCAGAUUAGUACAUGCCAUCUUUUCACUAGCUGUAAACUCCUUGUUAUCACAAACUAAUAAAGCUGGUCAGUUAACACUGUUUGUUCUAAGUAAAUGCAGGCUUCAGGCCAUAAAUAUGACAUCGAUUCAAGUUAAAAAUGGCCAUUUAAAGUGGGAAUAAAGUGGUACAUACGGGCUAAUGAGAAAAAUGUCAAGAGAUUGUUUAAUGAUGAGAAGUGGAGUAAUUUAAGAGUAAGCUUCCAAAAGACCUAGUUUGUUCUAGAACAUUUUCUAAAAAUCUGUUUUUGAUUAAAAUAUGUGGUAAAAAAUCUGUAGAAACUUACGCCUCCUACUUUUGAUACUGAACAGAGACCCCCUGUUGAUUUUAAUGAGUCAAAGAGACUUACUGGCAUCUUCUUUAACACACGCACACCCCACUGGUAGGAUUAAGUAAAACAGCCUCUCUUUCUACGGCUCUGUUUCCCAUUUCAGCAAUUUCUGUGGUGGUGUCAGUAUAAGGCAGCUAAUAUUCAUUCAGUGUAUCUUUUAAAGGAAACUUUGCUUUAGUCUUUGAGAGGAAAGAAACUAGUUCCACUUCACACAGAAGCUAAGCCUGCCUGACAUUUAGCUUUGCUGGUGCCAACUGCUAAAUUCCAACCAAACAGGGUGGGUGUGGGGUGACUGCUGAAAGCUUCUGAAUUGGCUCAACUACUGAAUCAGGCUCUCCUUGUGUAAGAUUAAUCACUGUUCAUAUUCUCACAGGCGUGCUUAAGAGACUGAAAACAAAGAAUGGAUAAAGCAAAAGAACUUAAGCCAGGAGAAGCUGCAUGAAUACACACAAUGCCUGCUCUGCAUUUACUAAUUUGUUUGUUCAGUUUAAAUAGUAAACUUUUAACUCCUGUGGAAAUUUUGCCAAAAGUUUCAAUACAUACAAGAUUAUAAAUCUUAAACUAACACUGCACAGAGAAAGACAAAGCUACUUCUUUUUUUUUUUAAAUACAAAUAUCUUCUACAUUCUAUCAUUUCAGACCCCUGAGUAAUACUGUACCAAAGUACAGAUCUGAAGAGAAACUGAGGGUUCAGGCCUCAAACGUUAAUCUUCAAUUAAUUCCACACCAACGGUGUGAGUCUCACGUAACACAUUCAGGCUAGCUAAUGCUGAGAGUCAGUUCCGCCCCCCCCCCCCCCCC